GGAUUACGUUUUAUAACCCAAGUCGUCGCGCUCUGUUCCUUCUCGCAUCUCCUUCCGAAAAAACCUACAGAAUUCAAACGAGAUAGAGAAAGAAAGAAUCCAUGGCGACUGCUUCUAUAGAAGAGAAGCCGGUGAUGAUCGUCGGGGUCGACCAGAGCGAUCACAGCAUGUACGCGCUUGAGUGGACACUGGACCAAUUCUUCGCCUCCUAUGCUUCGAAUCCGCCGUUCAGGCUCUGUGUCGUCCACGCCAAACCUUCUCCGACUUCUGCUGUUUGCCUCGCUGGUCCUGGAGCUGCAGAAGUAUUGCCUUACGUGGAAACGGAUUUGAAGAUGAUUGCUGCCGGAGUUAUUCAAAGAGCUAAGCAAAUCUGCCUCAGCAAAUCGGUAACUGAUGCAAAAUUUGAAGUGGUGGAAGGAGACCCUAGACUUGUUAUGUGUGAUGCUGUGGACAAACACGUUGCUUCAGUUCUGGUUGUUGGUAGUCAUGGAUAUGGAGCUAUUAAAAGGGCGGUUCUUGGAAGUGUGAGCGACUACUGUUCUCAUCAUGCGCAUUGCACCGUUAUGAUCGUGAAGAAACCCAAGACCAAGGGUUAAGUCUGCUUCUCCCCUGUAAGUAACUAUCAAGCUAUAUUGUUGUGAUGAUUGAUCCCAUUUGAAAACUCAAUAAACAAGCUUGCCCUGAUGCAAGUUCCAGACAUCGUGUGGUGUGUUUCUGAUGGAUGUAACUGUCCUAAAGAAAAAUGGAAAAAAGAUGGAAGUUUGUGAGUAGGUAAAGGUAUGAUAUCUGUGUAUUGUACUUGUUCAUGAUUCCCCAUGGAAUGGUAUGACGUGACAACCUCUUCGUAUU